UGAGCGGUGGCUGCUCGCCUUGGCUGCAGCUGUCGUUUCCACGGAUCCGCGAUCGUCGCUGGCGCUGGUAAAUAUAAAUCCGUCAUACGAAUGUUCUGAGCAGGGCAGCGUGGGGUGGCGGCGCCCAAGUACUUGCUCCAAGAAGUGAGAUUGGUGUACUGACUGAUACUGACGAAAACUCUGAGGUCGAAAGAAAGGCUGGUGGUGAGGUCUCCGCUCGCAGCCGUCCCCGCUCCGGCGUCCUAGCAUGCCGCCCCCGCCUCCCGCGCCCCUGCCGCCUUGGGCGUGGCUCGCACUGGCCGUCCUCGCGGUCGUACAGGCGGGACCGGUGAUGCCCCCGCUGGUGUUCGACGACCCGUGGGACGUGACGGGCGGGCGGCCGAGCUACGGGCUGCUUGCCAACGACAGCCGGUCGCAGCAGGCGCUGCUGGCGCCGCGCAACGCCACCCACGACCUGCCGCCCACGCCCUCGCCGGAGGACAUCGAGCGCGAGACGCGCCGCCAGUUCGAGAUGAUGAAGAUCAACUACACGCGGCUGCUGCAAGAGCUGGAGGAGGACAUGCAGAGCGGGCGCAAUCUGCCACUGCCGCGGCUCGUCGACAAGGCGCUGCGCCUCUUCAACCUGCGACAGGUCGUCCAGGAGGUCGAGACGAGCGUCAUGUCCAAGGUCUCCUGCACCGCCUGCAAGGCAGGUGCCGGACUGUUGCAGCACUAUAUCCGUAUGGGUAAAACGAGAGAUGAUAUCGUGAAGAUCACGAACCAGUUCUGCAUCAGCCUGAAGAUACAGACACCGCGCGUCUGCGAGGGCAUCACGGAGCUGUUUGGGGGUGAGGUGGUGUACGUGCUGCAGAGGGUGCAGCUCACGCCGGAGGAAAUUUGCAGCUUCGUGAUCGGCGACGCGUGCGGCGACGUGUACAACCCGUACCACGAGUGGAAGGUCGCCUUCCCGCCAGUCCCCAAACCGCCCGUCACGCCUCUCCCCGUUCCCGUCGCUGGUGCAUCAACAUUUAAGGUGCUGCAUUUGUCAGACACUCACUUUGACCCAUACUACCAGGAAGGCACUAAUGCUGACUGCAAUGAACCAUUGUGUUGUCGGCUCACUAAUGGACCUGCACUGAAACCACAAGGUGCUGCAGGACGAUGGGGUGACUACCGAAAGUGUGACACCCCACAUCGCACAGUCGAUAAUAUGCUUCAGCACAUUUCCAGUGCUCAUCCGGACAUUGAUUAUAUACUGUGGACUGGUGAUUUACCUCCUCAUGAUGUUUGGAACCAAACAAGAGAAGAAAAUUUAAUGGUAUUAAAGGAAACUGUCAACCAGUUGUUAAAAACAUUUCCAGGAGUUCCAAUAUUUCCAGCAUUGGGUAAUCAUGAAAGUGCUCCAGUGAAUAGUUUCCCACCACCAUAUGUGCACGAUGAUUUCUCCAUUUCAUGGCUCUAUGAUGAAAUUGACAACCAGUGGCGACAGUGGCUGCCCUCAUCAGUAUCACAUACGGUUCGACGAGGUGCUUUUUACAGUGUGCUAGUACGACCUGGUUUUCGUGUGAUUUCCUUAAAUAUGAACUACUGCAAUAACAAGAAUUGGUGGCUACUACUAAACAGCACUGAUCCUGCCAAAGAGCUGCAAUGGUUCAUUUAUGAGCUACAGAGUGCAGAAUUUAAUGGAGAGAAAGUCCAUGUCAUUGGUCAUAUCCCUCCUGGACACAGUGACUGCCUUAAAGUUUGGAGUCGAAAUUAUUAUAAAAUAAUUAAUAGAUAUGAGUCAACAAUAACAGCACAGUUCUUUGGGCACACUCAUUUUGAUGAAUUUGAACUCUUUUAUGAUACAAAUGAACCUGGGCGUCCUACAAGUAUUGCAUAUAUAGGACCAUCAGUGACACCAUAUUAUAAUUUGAAUCCUGGAUACAGAAUAUAUUAUGUUGAUGGUGAUCAUCCAAAAACAACAAGGUCAGUCAUUGACCAUGAAACUUGGGUCAUGAACCUGAAGGAAGCUAACUUGUAUGAUUAUCCAAUAUGGUACAAGCUGUAUAGUACCAGGUCAGCAUAUCAAAUGCCAUCACUAACACCACAAGAAUGGGACAACUUUCUGAAUAAGUUGCCAACAGAUGCUGCUUUGUUUGAUCUCUAUUACAAGCAUUACUGGAAAAACUCACCUGUGAGGCCAUCAUGUGAUCCAGAAUGCAAGAAGCGCAUGGUGUGUGACUUGAAAUCAGGCAGAUCACAUGACCGUCGCAGUUUAUGCCAAGAGCUGGAAAGCCGUAUUGAUUCAACAACAAAAACAGGAUGGCGAGCAUGGCUCUACAAUGGCCUGGCCUUAUCGUACGUCAAUUAUUUGUUAGGUUUCUUCUGGGUGGGGGAUGCAGCAAUGUCUGUUUCACCCUGAUUACUGAUGUUCAAGAUAGCAUGGGUUCUGGGAUGCAGGAGGUGGUGGGGGCAUUCUGCCAAUUUUCUAAGUGAUUCUUUCAUUGAAUUGAUUUUAAAUUUACAGCUUAUAAACUGUGAUAAGUUUAAUGUAUGACAUAAAGCAUGUAACUGCUUGCUUGCAUCAGUUUGCUUGCUGCAUACACCAAAAAUAAUGUGGGUGGUGGCAUGCAAUUUUCACUUGUACAGCAAAACAGAUCAAUGGAUUUAUGUGAAAUAAUGGACUGUAACAUGUAUUACAUAAUUAUUUAUGGCUGGGACUGAAUUAACAUAUUCGUUGUGAUGAUUCAAGAGUAAUGUUACUUUUCUUAGUGGUUAUUAAAAGCACAGUGUUGAUGAUAGCAGAAGAGCGAAGUGCUAGGAUGGAUGCUGAAUUAGCUAAUAAUAGUACAUAAUUAUUGUCACUGAUAGUUAUUAAGCUAUUUUAAGUAAUACAAAAUGUUCUAAAUAUAAUGUUACAUUUAAUAUUUAUGAGUUUUAGAAAACUUGAGUUAUUCUUGUUUAUUUACUUCAGGCUGAAAAAUGUUGUAGUCUGUAGAUCAAUGGUGUCAGAAAGACCUACAUUUUUCAUUUUGGAGUGGAGGAGGGGAGACAAAUUGAAUAUUAGCUGAGUGCAUGAAGCCUGAUAUAGUUACAGUCUUCUACUAAUAAGUGACACAUCAAAAACGAACAUGAAUGUAACAAAUAUCUUACACAAGGUCAAUGUGCAUGUCAUUUUUUGUGUACAGAAAAUUAAGAAACAAUUUCUUGCUUAUUUCUUCAUUCAAAUUUUGUUCAUCAAUUCCAUUACACUACUGUAAUGAAGUUACUGGUACCAAUUUUUUUGUGUCAUUGUUUGUCUGAGAUGCACUAUCAUUGUUCACUCUCAGUUGUGUUUUAGCUGCUCCUAUACCUCUGCUUGAAAGAGACCACAAAAUAAUAGUAAUGUGAAAGCACAUAAGAAUAUAUGAAGGUGUGUAGCUUGUUAAAUAAUUAUCAGGGUAUGCUGUAUGUUAGUUACUAAAUGAAUGACUUGAAAGAACUUUGUUUGAUUCCUACAUUGUUUUGAAACAUGGCUGAUAUCACUAACGGAGUUCUGAGCAUUCUGUUUUUGACUUAACAAUGUUUAUUUCUAUGGAAAUAAUAUUUUGCUUAACACACGGAGCACAGGAUUCUUUAAGAGACUGACAACUCCCACCGAACUGUUGAGAUGGAUCAGUCAUAAGCUGGGCAGUGAAAAUAUAUUUCUUCCAGUAGCAGGAUAACAUCUGCAGGCUUUGUGUGGUAUGCCAAUUGAGGUAAAUUUUAAGUAAGUAGAUCUAUAAAAUUCAAACCAUGGAAAAGGAAAAUGUUUCUUCUAAAAUGUAUUUCAUUCAAAAAGAAUUAGAUAUUCAAAGGUAAAUGAAUAAUUCAUAAUCUUUCAGCAGCUCAUCCCAUUCAUGAAAUGUGAAAACAACAUAACCAUGUUUUUUCUGUGUAAAUAAUUAGACUGCAUGUAGUGUAAACAUUUUAUUCACUAUUAGCCUACUGAGGAAGAGGUAUGAGGCAUGUGAUAAGUUGUAUAUAUCUAUAGGAAAUUAACAGAACAUGUGUAUAUGAUGACUAUAGAAUUGUGCUAUGAAUCAUUUCUCACUCACAUACAUAAUCAUUAUCACUUUGCUCCAGUUCAUUUAAAUGGGUACUUUACUUCUUGAAACAUGCCCAAUACAUUUGAAUGAGAAAAUAUAUCUUGGUUGUAAUCAUUGCAAUACUGAACAGAUAACAUCCUGCAUGACUGUCAUAUGGACAGUUUGAUUCUUUUGGGGUAGCAGCCACUAGUUACUCAAUGUUCCCUUAUUUGAGGGAUGUGAAAAAACAUUUGCUGCAUUAAUUUAAGGAAUUCUGAUGUUUUGUUAAAUGAAAUGAAUUUUUUCAAGCAUUUCAUUCAUAAACUAUUUAUUUACUUAUUAGUAUUCAGUCAACAUAACCUAGCAAAUAAAUUAGUGAAGCAUAACUACUCCAAGCUCUGAGGAUUUAACAAACUAUUCAUGCUAUUUAUAUUAGUUCAUGGAUUUUCUGAAAAAUCUGGGCAUCUUUAUCUGCUGAAAACAUUUAUUUUCUUUUAUGAGAAUUGUUUAUUCCACCUUAAUAAUCUUCUGUUGUCUAUUCUUGGUUGAAAUUUCUGAUUUAUUUACCACUCAUUUCCAGAACUAUGGUGUUGCAUGAAGCAUAAUGCAUACUUAAAUUUGUGUUUAUAAACUGUGCUCUUUAAGCAUGACUAAACUGUAACCAUUCAACCCAGUCUCAAGUCAGUGCAUGAUUAUUGUGGUCAAAAAGGUUUUUGCACUAGUUAAUUCAAUAUCUUUCUUAAAUACAUAAUUUUUUUUGGGUAUCUCAGACACAAUUAUUUAAUAAUUCUUAUUGUUUUUCAUUUUUAAGGUGCAAGAUAUUAAAAUUCUUGAAAAAGCUCUUUUGGUAAGUCCACAGGAUACACAUAAAUCACCAUUUGCUUUUGAGACAGAUUUUCUUGUAGGUUUCCCAGUAGUGAUCAUCUGGCUAACAUUCCUAUGCGGUAUUUUGAAUGCUUAUAAAAUAGCAUUUUUUGUAUGUACAGGCUAGACAAAGUUGUGUGUCAGUAAUAAUUUAUAACUAAUAAGAAACUGAAGGCUGUGAUUCGUCUUUCAACAAAGAAAACAAAUAUAAAUUUUAGUUUCUGUUGUGAGACAUUAUAAAUUAGCAUAAAAAUGUCAACAAGUGUACUUGGAAAAUGUACGUGUAAUUUCGGCUAGUUGCAUCAUUAAGAUCAAAACAGCCAAGGAAGUUUUUGUUGGAAAUCCUUAUAUUCACCAUUCUCCAUGGAGUUUUUGGUUUGAAUGUAGGUAAUAUGUAUAAUUUGAAGAACAGUUAAAGGGAGAGUAUGUUUUUUGCGUUCAAGCCAGAGCAUUGUGUGAUACUUUGGAAUAUGUUUGGCCCCUCAAGGUAUUUGGCAGGUAUUUUGGCACAGUGCAGUGUGUUGCAUGUUACUAGCAUUUUAGGAACAGUAUGUUGGAAUUUACAAAGACUAUUUUUAUCUUGAAGUACAUUGUGGAGUGUUUACUUCCUUGUGCAAAUACAGUAUUAUAUGUUUUCAAUGGAUCAACAAAAACUAUACAAUGUUUGUAAUCAGUGGUACUGCAAGUCAUGAACAAAUCUGACAGUACCAGUAUACAAAUUCAGAGAAGUUACCUCAGUUUCCUUUAAUAUUGUAGUUUUGUGCCUUACACAGAUGUGUAAAUAUUUUUGUGUUGACUGUAGAAACAGUAAAGGAGAUCCUUUAACAUUUCACCAUUCUAUAGAAUGAACAGUCUAUCUAAUUUAAUGUAAUAUCAAUGGUAAAGUUCAUUAGAGCUUGUGAAGAAUAAUUAUGAGAUGAAGUGCCCUUCUGCAAAGAGAGUUUUGUGAUAAUAAACUGUAGUUAUAAUCGAUACAAGACAUAAAACUAACCACUCACCAUACAGCUGAGGCACUAAGCAUUUAACAUGCACAUAAUGGUAACAACAGACAAUCUACCUGAGGCCUUGAAUGGCGGAUAGGCACACAACCAAGACUGAAAAUGUUGCUGAGUUUUAUGACAAUGUUCUUUAGAGCUAACAAGGCAAGGUGCUACUCACCACAUAACAGAGAUGCUGAGCCACAGAUACGCACAACAAAAAGACUGUUGUGCCUUUCCGCGACUCAGCAUCUCCGCUAUGUGGUGAGUAGUAACUUUCCUUCUCAUAAAAUUGUUACAUUCCAUCCUGGAUUUUCCAUUGUUUGAUUCUUUAGAGCUAACUGAUAUGAAAUUUGUUCUUUUUCUCAGUUAGCUCAGAACAAAGACAUUAUUGAAAAACUCAGCAAUGUUUUCAAUCUAGUUUAUGUGCCUGUCUGAACUACACAAUGAGUAUUCCUCCAAUAGUUUCCAGUGUUAUGGUAAAUUGUAUUUAUGAUCACCUUUUGUGUAUAGAGGAGGAAAGUGUUACUCUGCGCCUCUUUCAAAAAAUGUGACUGAAUAACUUACUACUUUUUCAUAUUAUUAUUUUAAAAUAAUAUGCUAGUGAAAUUUUUUUGGUGGAAAUAACUAACAAAACUAUACUGUAACUCACUAAUAGCAAUCACAAUGAGUACCAAACUGAUAAGUUCAAAAUUUAUCAUUGCUAUAGCUUGUAUAGUUUGUGCACAAAAAUAUCUAUUGUGUUCAACACUUUCAAUUUUUAUAAAAUUUUUGUUACAAAAGAGUAUACUUUGCACACACUACUGUAAUUUUCCUAAUAAAGGAAAUAAUAUGUUCUUAA